AUGGCCGGAUCCCCACCGACUCGCCUGGUGGAGAGAAUCUUUUUCAAACUGCUUAGCCAAUCAGAAAGUGACCAAGAGGAGCUGUACUCGAUAGCCGAGCAAGAGUCACAUAAUUGUCUUGCAUACAUGAACGAGGAGAAGAAAGAAGGCCUGAGGCAUCUCAGCACGACGCUACAGGUUUAUCUCAGUGAGGAGAACCACGAUUUGUCUCUGUUUCCGCCUGGCCUGGACCCCAUCAGCCUCCUCGCCAGAGUAACUUGCAACUGUUUCGGCAUCAGUGAUGGAGAGCUGCAGGUCGUGGGGGUGGGGCUUUACCCCAGGAGACUCACUAUAAGCUACACCGACAUCCUCGCGACCAGCAAAGAGAGACGUUCACAAGUCUGGGAGGAGUUGCUGCAAGAGAGCCAGGCUCUUUUGCACAGAUAUGCUGAUGUCAUCCCAGGCAGGAACUUCUAUGUGCUCAGGCUGCUGAAUCUGGCCAUGGAUGCCUGCAUUAGUCUGGAUGACUAUGAAUACAGCAACAGAGCUCUGGAAUCUUACAAAUUUUAUUUUAGUGAUCCUCAUCUGUUCAGAGCGGUGGAGCUGCUGUGGGUGGGGAAGCUUCAGCACUACCUGAGCAGACUGGAGGAGGCUCAGGGGAGCUUCACACAGGCCUAUGACAUCAUGAAGGUGACCCACGGGACGGCUUGCACCCAGACUAAUGAGGUGAGGAGAAAACUGAGCAAGUGCCAGACUGAGCUGGGUCGAGUCUAG